GAGGGAUCCAGAAUUUGAUCGUAUAAUAUAAUUCUGUUCAGUUAUGUGAAUAUUCUUCUGCAGAUUUGAGUACCGAUCUCACUCACUUCUCAGUGUGUUCGUAUAUAAAGAAUAUUAAAAAGGUCGAAUCUUUCGGUUGGUUAGAGUGAAUCAGAGAGAAAUGGCUUCCUCUCUUUCUAGAAUCUCAGCUCUCCACAAUCAUAUCUCCCCUCUCGAAGCCAACAACAACAAGAAGCUAAGGAGUCUGGUCAAGAUAAUAUCUCCACAAGUGUCUGAAGCCAUAUCCAAUGGACGUGCUGUGGUCGCUCUUGAGUCCACCAUUAUCUCACAUGGGAUGCCUUACCCUCAAAACCUGCAAACAGCAAAAGAGGUUGAGUCAAUUGUGAGAGAAAAUGGAGCAGUCCCUGCCACAAUAGCUAUCUUGUACGGAGUGCCUUGCAUAGGUCUGAGCGAAGAAGAACUAGAACGUUAUACCACAUGUUGUGAGUCACUCUAUAUAUGCUCUCCUCACUUCUGCCAACGGAGACUGGUUUCUUGUUCUUCCACAUAUCACGUACAUUGUUUUACUUCAGGUGGCAACAAGAGCAAAUGGUGCAACUACAGUCUCUGCAACGUUGUUUUUCGCUUCAGUGGUUGGCAUCCAAGUUUUUGUAACCGCGGGAUAGGAGGUGUGCAUAGGCAUGCUGACCAUACUAUGGACAUAUCAUCUGAUCUUACUGCACUCGGAAGGACUCCUAUAGCAGUGAUAUCAGCAGGCGUUAAAUCAAUACUUCAUAUCCCAAAGACUCUUGAAUAUCUUUGGAAACGCAAGAAGUGUAUGUUGCUGCAUACAAGAGUGAUGAGUUUCCAGCAUUUUUCACAGAAAAAAGCGGCUGUAAGGCACCUUCCCGUGUAGAUUGCCCUGAAGACUGUGCUCGAGUAAUAGAUGCAAACAUGAAGCUAAACUGUAAGGCGGGGAUUUUAUUCGCUGUUCCAAUCCCAAAACAGCAUUCAGCUGCUGGAUAUCUUAUCGAAUCAGCAACACAGCGUGCUCUUACAGAAGCAAGGGAACAAAACGUUACUGGAAAUGCAGAAACUCCAUUCUUACUUGCAAGGGUGAAUGACUCAAGUGAUCAUUAUUACUAGUUUAUGAUCCUGGAUCAAUCUUUAUCAUUCAGUUUGGUCAAGAUAUCUCCACAAGUGUCUGAAGCCAUAUCCAAUGGACGUGCUGUGGUCGCUCUUGAGUCAACCAUUAUCUCACAUGGGAUGCCUUACCUUCAAAAUCUGCUGCAAACAGCAAAAGAAGUUGAGUCAAUUGUGAGAGAUAAUGGAGUAGUCCCUGCCACAAUAGCUAUCUUGAACGGAGUACCUUGCAUAGCUAUGGACAUAUCAUCUGAUCUUACUGCACUCGGAAGGACUCCUAUAGCAGUGAUAUCAGCAGGCGUUAAAUCAAUACUUGAUAUCCCAAAGACUCUUAGAUAUUUGGAAACGCAAGAAGUGUAUGUUGCUGCAUACAAGAGUGAUGAGUGUCCAGCAUUUUUCACAGAAAAAAAGCGGCUGUAAGGUGCAAAAUCGCACCUUCCCGUGCAGAUUGCCGUGAAGACUGUGCUCGAGUAAUAUAGG